AUGGACCUUCAAAACAGCAUCAGUUUAAGCACCCAGAUUUGCAGCAAUCACUUUACGACUCACAUUCAGAAUGACAACAGAAUCCUUUUCAAAUGCGCAACCUGCAGUAAAACAUUUUUCUCAUUAUCUGAAAUGAGAGAUCAUAUAAUCGUUGAAUUCGACCUAGAUAAAGAGCUGAUUGGCUUCUUGAAUUUUGAAAUGGGAAUAGACCAGUAUAGUGAUGACAGUGACAUUCAGACAAGUUCGCCUGAAUGUGAGGAUAAUUCCAGUUUUGAACCUAUAGAAUGCUAUAAGUGCUUGAAAAUAUGCAAAGGUACCAAAGGACUUAACCAGCAUCUAGGAAAAAGACAUUCGGAUGGUAAAAAUAAAGAAAUUUGUGAAGUGUGUGGGAAAAGUUUUAAGCACAAGUAUGCCGUCAAUUUUCAUAUAAAUCAGGUUCAUGCUAAGGCAACUAGAGUUAAAUGCCAAGUUUGUGGCAAGCAGCUGUACAACAAAUAUGUGCUAUCCCAACAUUUGAAGAAGCAGCAUUCUAUUCAGUCUCUUACUUUCUGCUGUCCAUUCUCAAAUAUAUCCUAAAGCUUUUCUUCGAUACACGGAAUUAUGUCAAAAAUAAUUUUUAUAUAAAAUCAUUAAUGAAUUGUUUUUCCCCAAAUUUCCAAAUUAAAAUUUUAAGGGAGUUAGUUAG